AUGGGAUCUUCCAGCUUCAUCCCCGCUCCAGUGGUACAUCUAUCAGCCAAGAUGGACAGACAGACCAUCAUUGAGACCAACCGGUCGCUGCGCAACAUCAAGAACGAACUCGAGAACCUCCUUGAAAAGGGCGUGAUUACCGAGGACGCCUACGACAACAUCCACGCUACCCUCCCCGCUGAGACUCCUCUUCACGGAGCCGCCAACCGCGCCGCCCCUCAAGCCUCUACCCCCGUCCAGCAUUCCAACCCCACUUCUCCCCCGACGGCCGACCUUGCCGCCCUCAACAUUCAGCCGAAUCCCUCUCCGGCACCGCCGUCCUACGCCCAGACAGGACCCCCAUCUCUCCCGUCUCGCCAGCCUGAGAAGCCCAUCCUCGCGCAUGCCCGCGCCCUGUACCGGUACGCCGGCGCCGACGCCCGCGAUGUCUCGUUCGAGCGUGACGACCGCAUUGCCAUUCAUGAGUACAUGAACGCCGACUGGUGGAUGGGUCGCAACCUCCGCACCGGCCAGGAGGGCAUCUUUCCCAAGACGUACGUUCUUGUCGAGCAGGACUCGGCUAAGGGCGCCUUCGCCCCGCAGCCUCAGUACGCCCCCCAGCAAGCCCAGUGGGCUCCUCAGCAACAGCAAUAUGCGCCCCAGCAGCCCGUAUACGGACAGCCGCCUCAGGGCCCCCCACCCCAACAGAACCCAUACAACGCGGACGCUCCACCUCAGGCUGUGGCGGACCAAAACACCAACGCUGAGGGCAGCGGCGGCGGCAAGGCUGGCGAGAUGGGUAAGAAGUUUGGCAAGAAGCUUGGAAACGCUGCCAUCUUCGGUGCUGGUGCCACCAUCGGUUCCAACAUUGUCAACAGCAUCUUCUAG